AUGUGGGAGCCACACCCAGAACAGCAAUUUCACUUGCGUCUGCAUCGCGCUCAGUCGGUUGUGCUCACUAAUGCCGAGCUAGUCGAGGUUCGUGCAGCGCAGCGGACAUUCGAAGGCGCGUACAUGCGGACAGCGCUUGGCCAAUUUUCAUUUUCACUAGUCAUUCUCAAAAUUUUCACGGAUGAAUUCUAUCCGAUUGGUGCGCUCUUUGCCGUAUACGGCACUGCGAUUUUGCUUGUUGCCGUGUAUCGACGGUACGAGGGUCAACGACAAUUCUUCAUCAAGGAGUCCGCCGAUGGUCUGUUGACGCGCAAAUUUCGGACUUCGGGCCAUACUGUGACGCUCUUGACACUUCUUAGUCUGCUGGCAUAUGCGACCUUGCUUGUACUGACUCUGCGUUUGACGAGGGACUAG